UCCACUCCAGGCUUCAAUCCAGAGCUCCUUGGACAGGUCCUUUAGAUGUCUGACUAGUUCUGACUGACAAGCAGUUUUUUGGGUUCUCUUGCUUUUCUUGUCACAUGGGGAGGCUCUUAAGUCUUCUCAGAGGAACCAACAGUAAAUAAACCGAAAGGGCUGGACAAUUCACAUCUAGACGGCAGAAAAAUGGAAAGGGGACCUUCCUCCAAGUAGCUGCAUCAAGACAGCGCACAAGAUCCACGCAGCUAGGCCUCCGAGGAGAGUUUCUCACAUCCGAAGGCUCCCAAACCACCAUGUGAAUGAAUAUUAUAAAUGCCCAAGGACAAUGGAAAAACACACGCUUUGGAGUUGAAUCGACUUCAAGUCAAAGCCUGACAGCCCUCCUUAAAGCAGGCGUCAGGAAUAAAAAGGUGCAUUGUUUGAAGACUAUGGGAUGUGGCAGUUCGGCACACAGCACCUUUUUGGCCAAGCCAGACAAGGGCCAGGUAUUGCCAGAUGCAUCUCAUCCUGCGUUUAAAGCAGCUGUCCUGAUCCAAAGAUGGUAUCGACGCUACGUGGCCCGGAUUGAAAUGCGCCGAAGAUGCACGUGGCGCAUCUUCCAAUCCAUAGAGUAUGCGGGGGAGCAGGAUCAUCUCAAGCUCAACAAGUUCUUUGACUACCUUAUGGACCAGUUCACGCCAAGCAGCACGAAACAGAGAGAUUUCAUCAACCGGAUAUUGUCAGAACCUGAUGUCGCAAAAGAAAAAUCCUGUAACUACCAAUCUGUUGUGGUGCCAGACAGCUAUAUGGGGCCUCGUCUUUCCUUUCCACUCCUUCCUGAAGAUGCCGCUGUCUUACUGGAAGCGUUCAAACAAGAACAACAGCUCCAUGCUCACUAUGUCCUCAGACUCUUCCAUGAGACCCAAAAGCAUCUGAACCAGUUGCCAAAUCUCACCAACAUCUCUACAUGCUACAGCGAGGAGAUCACGGUGUGCGGAGACUUACAUGGCCAGCUGGCUGACUUGUUUCUGAUAUUUUACAAGAAUGGCCUUCCCUCUCCACAGAAGGCUUAUGUCUUCAACGGCGACUUUGUGGACAGAGGCAAACACUCCAUGGAGGUCCUGAUCAUUCUCUGUGUCUUCCUCUUGAUUUACCCGAAAGAGGUCCACCUGAAUCGAGGAAAUCACGAGGACUAUAUGGUCAACUUGCGCUAUGGCCUCACGAAGGAGAUCACGCGCAAAUAUAAGGAGCAUGGUAGCAAAAUUCUGAAAAUGCUGCAGAACGUUUUUAGCAGCCUACCAUUGGGGACUUUGAUUGAUCAGAAGGUCUUAAUCGUACACGGAGGCGUGUCGGACAAGACUGAUUUGGACCAGCUGGCCAUGGUUGACAGGCAAAAGAUUCUCUCUGUAUUAACGCAGAAGAGAAAAGGUUCCAAAACUCUGGACCCCGGUGAAAUGGAAGGUUCCAGAUCUGUCCAGGGCAGUUCCGCCACGGCUUCUAAUCCUGCAAACAAGUUUGAACUCUCUCAGCGGGUGCAGCAGACAGUCCAGGAGGAUCUGCAGACGUGCCGCAGGAUGGCUGGAAUUAGCAGCGCCGCCAGAAGGGAAAGCUAUAGCCAAACCUCAGCCUCCGUUUCGGAGGUGGAUUUGAGAUCCUGUGAAUCAGCACCCUUCGAAAACGAUGACGUCACGCAGGUUUUAGAUAUUUUAUGGAGUGACCCCAUCCCUCAAAAUGGCUGCAGAAUGAAUGAAGAACGAGGAGGAGGCUGUUACUUCGGCCCUGAUGUGACCGAGAAGUUUCUGCAGAAGCACAACCUGCAGUUCAUCAUCCGCUCUCACGAGUGUAAGCCGGAGGGUUAUGAGUUCUGCCACAACCGAAAGGUAAUCACCAUAUUUUCAGCUUCGAACUAUUAUACAGUGGGCAGUAACAGAGGGGCCUACCUGAAAUUAGGGCCUGACCUGGUCCCGCACAUUGUCCAGUACCAAGCAAGCAAGGGAGCGCAUAAGUUGACGAUGACACAAAGGAUCAGCCGAGUGGAGGAGUCUGCCUACCAAGUUUUAAGGGAGAAAUUGUUCGCUCACAGGUCAGACCUCAUGGUGGCUUUCAAGAGCUACGAUAAGAAAAACACAGGCCUGAUCACACUUAACAACUGGGCCAAAGCGAUAGAGUCUGUCCUUCAACUAGGGCUUCCCUGGCGGAUGCUGAGGCCACAACUCGUGGUCAACCUUACCAGUGGGAAGCUGGAGUACAAGUUGUGGCUCAAAAACAUAGUGACGGAGCAGUGGUCAUCCACGCAAGAGCGCCUACAGUCAAGUUUGCUGGAAAACAUUUACCGAAACCUUCCCAACCUGGAAACUAUCUUCAGUAUCAUAGACAGUGAUCAUUCGGGGGUCAUUUCUUUUGAAGAGUUCCACCAGACCUGGAGGCUGUUCAGUUCUCAUAUGAAUAUCGAGAUCUCGGACAAAAGCAUCAUGGACUUGGCCCGCAGCAUCGAUUUCAACAAAGACGGAAACAUAGAUUUCAAUGAGUUCAUUGAGGCCUUCCGUCUUGUCACGCAAUCACGCUCUUGAUGAAGAUGGCAGCUGGGGGCAGGGGACUCCACCCACCCCCACUCAAAGCCGCUUGUAAAACUGGACUAAUCUUUCAAUCCGAGAAUGUGCCUCCAAGCAAAAAGGGCAAAUUAGUCACUGCAUCACACAAUUCAGUCUUCCAAAUAAUCAGGAGAGGAAACUGGGAAGCUCCUUCCACCUCGACAUUGGCUUUUAAUAUUAGAGAGUUAGCACAGUUUAUUUUGUAAGCGUUUCAGAAAAUCCAGAGGUUUCAGAUUCAGCUUGUGAAAAUUUCCUUUUAAAGAUUUAUGCAGUUUUAAGAUGUGCUGGAGAAUAAAUAAAUAUGAACUGUCUCAUUA